AUGAAAUUCAAUACUAAGUGGGAGUUCAAGGAGGCAGUGAGGGAGUUCACUAUACAAGAAGGGAGACGGAUGAGGUUUAGGAAGAACGACGGAAAAAGGGUAAGGGCAAUAUGUAAGGUGAAGGAUUGCAAGUGGGUUGUGUACGCAUCAAGGGACCACGAAGACAGUUGCUGGCAAGUUAAGACUUUCUUCAAUGACCACACUUGUCCACGAGAGGAUAAGAACAGGACAGCAAAUAGAAAUUGGGUUGCAGGUAAGUUGGUAAAAAAACUAAGGAAAUAUCCCAAUUUCAGGAACUGUGAGGCAACAACAUAUUUCAAGACGAAAUAUGACUUGUCGCUCAAUAGGAACUCUAUAUCACGGGCACUGUGUGAUGCUAUAAAUAUAGUCUAUAGGGAUGCGAAGGAGCAAUAUGCCAUGCUUAGGGACUAUGGUGAAACACUAUUGAAAACCAACCCGGGAUCAACUGUUCAGAUUUGCACAAAGCCACAGCCUAGUAGUGAGGUCAUAUUUGAGAGGAUGUAUGUCUGCUUGAGUGGCUGCAAGUCAGGUUUCAAGGCUGGUUGUCGUCCGUUAAUUGGACUUGAUGGAGCUUUUCUAAAAACUGUUUUCGGGGGGCAAAUUCUAUCUGCUGUUGGACAAGAUGCUAAUCAUCAUGUCUACGUUAUUGCUUGGGCAGUUGUGGAAGUAGAGAACUUUGAGAAUUGGAAGUGGUUUCUAGAGUUGCUACAUGAGAAUCUUGGAGACUACAAGACCCAUGGGUGGAACUUCAUCUCUGAUAUGCAAAAGGGAUUACUGCCUGCCAUGAAAGCCGUGAUGCCUAAUGUGGGCCACCGAUUCUGUGUCUGGCACUUGUGGCGAAAUUUCAACAAGCAGUGGAAGGACCUGGAGCUUAGGAGACUGUUAUGGGAGUGUGCUAGAGCUACAACAUUCCAAGAGUUUAAGGUACAUAAAGCUACUUUUUCUGCAACUGCAAUUAGCUUACAUGGACUUUUUUCCCAACUAUUAACUGUUGAAAUUCAGGAAUACAUGGAUAGGAUAAAGAGGCUGAAUGAGAACGCAUGGAAGUAUCUUGACAAGUGGCCAAGGGAGGCAUGGACGAGGUCACAGUUCAGGCACAACCCGAAAUUAGACUCGAUUUGCAACAACGCUUGUGAGGUUUUCAAUUCAAAGAUCAAAGAAGCAAGGGGCAAGCCUAUACUUACUCUUCUAGAAGAGGUGAGGAUGUUUGUCAUGAGGACUAUGGCUAAGAACAAGGUUAAGUUGGACAAUCACCUGGGGUUGUUACCACCCGUAAUCAAAAGUAGAUUAGAAAAGGUGAGGAAAGAGUCCAGACAUUGGCAUGCUAUAUGGUCUGGAGAUACUGGAUAUGAGAAGUUUGAGGUCCAUGGGCGCCCUACAAACCAUGUGGUGGACUUGGGGAAAAGAUAA